AGAUUACAGCAGAUAUGACUAUGUGAAUAGCCUAGGAUAGCCCAAAGGAAGGACAUGAUGUCAGAAUAACAUACAAAACAUUUGUGAGGGUAAGGCCAGAAAACCAUGCAGUCAUCAGGGCACAGAUUCCGUGAUGUUGAGCACCACCCGCUUCUGGCUGAAAAUGACACCUACGAUUCCUCUUCCUCAGAGGCUGACAUGGCAGAGAGGGUUUGGUUCAUCCGAGAUGGCUGCGGUAUGGUCUGUGCUAUAAUGACAUGGCUUCUGGUUGUCUAUGCAGACUUCGUAGUGACUUUUGUCAUGUUGCUGCCUUCCAAAGACUUUUGGUACUCUGUGAUCAACGGUGUUCUCUUUAACUGCUUGGCAGUGCUAGCUUUGUCAUCGCAUCUGAGAACUAUGCUAACUGAUCCAGGGGCUGUACCCAAAGGAAAUGCGACUAAAGAAUACAUGGAUAAUUUGCAACUGAAACCAGGAGAAGUGAUCUACAAAUGUCCAAAGUGCUGUAGUAUCAAACCUGAACGUGCACACCAUUGCAGUAUUUGCAAACGAUGUAUUCGAAAGAUGGAUCACCACUGCCCGUGGGUGAAUAACUGUGUGGGGGAGAAAAAUCAGAGAUUUUUUGUUCUGUUUACGAUGUAUAUAGCCCUAAUUUCAGCUCAUGCGCUCGUACUCUGUGGGUUUCAGUUUUUCUCCUGUGUCCGAGGGCAGUGGACUGAAUGCAGUGACUUUUCCCCACCUGUAACUGUGAUCCUGAUGAUCUUCUUGUGCCUUGAGGGUUUUCUGUUUCUAACUUUCACUGCAGUCAUGUUUGGCACCCAAAUCCACUCAAUAUGCAAUGAUGAAACGGAGAUUGAAAGACUGAAGAGUGAAAAGCCAACGUGGGAGCGGAGACUACGUUGGGAAGGAAUGAAAUCUGUUUUUGGGGGUCAGCCUUCACUCCUGUGGAUCAAUCCUUUUGCAGGAUUUCGAAUCAGGCGACUUUUACUGAGAGCAAAGAAAGGAGGACCUGAGUUUUCUGUUUGAGUCUAAUUAUGCUGGAACUUGCAAGAAUACUAUAUAAUAUUUAUUUGGGGCCAGAGAAGGCUGUCUGCAUAUAAUCUGUGACCAGGUGAAACUGAUACCAGACAUUUGCUUGUAGCAAGCAGAGUUUUAUACGUUUAUCGUCACAGACAUCUCAUUAACUUUCAGAGACGCGAACUGGAUCUGUAAUGGUCUUAACGGCAAGAUAACAAAGGAAAAGCACGUGGUCGCACUAAAGAAGCCAAAUGUUGUCAUGCUACUGUAAUUUAUUUUAUGAGAUUAAUUAUCCUUUUUUGUUAAACCCUUUUUAUUUGAUAAAAGUUUGGGGAAUUACCUGUGUGUUUUUAUAAAA